UUGCUCAAAGUCAUUAGCCCCGAGAAGACGGAGCCCACAGCGAGCCCCGAGGGAAUCCCGACGGAACUGGACGAAGAGAUGGAGAAUGACAUCUGCAAAGUGUGGGACAUGUCGAUGGACGAGGAUGUCGCUUUAUUUCUUCAGGAGUUCAACGCCCCUGAUAUAUUCAUGGGAGUUUUUGCAAAGUCUAAAUGCCCUCGCCUUACUGAAAUCUGUGUGGGAAUAUUAGGAAAUAUGGCCUGUUUCCAAGACAUAUGCAUGUCCAUUAGUAAAGAUGAGAAUCUCGGCCAAGUGUUGUUGCAACGUUUGUGUGAUUCAGACUCUCCAACUCUUCUGGAAACAAGCAGGUUGUUGUUAACUUGCCUCUCCCAGCCUGAGGUGGCCAAUGUCUGGAUCGAGAGAAUCCGCGAAAACCCUUCUGUAUAUGACUGUGUUUGCUUUAUCAUGUCCAGCUCUACAAAUGUUGAAUUGCUGGUAAAAGUGGGUGAAGUGGUGGACAAACUCUUUGAUCUAGAUGAAGAGUUAAUGUUAAACUGGAUUAAAAAUGGCACGUGUCGGUCUGUGGGACCAUCUGUAGACGAUUCUCCCGAAGAACUUCCAGAUUUUAAGAUUGUGCCUUGUAUACUUGAAGCAGCCAAACAAGUCCGAUCAGAUAAUCCAGAAGGACUUGAUGUUUAUAUGCAUAUUUUGCAGCUCCUGACCACGGUGGAUGAGGGUAUUCAGGCUAUUGUGCAGGCUCCUGAUGGAGGAAAGGAGACUUGGAGUUUGCUUUAUGACCUGGUUUGCCAUGAGCUUUGCCAGCCAGAUGAUCCACCGAUCAUUGUGCAGGAACAGAAGACUGUGUUGGCCUCUAUUUUGUCCGUGUUGUCUGCUAUGUUUGCUUCACAGACAGAACAAGAAUACACCACGAUGAGGAAAAAUAUGCCUCUGAUUGGGAGCUUGAUUCGUAUCUUACAAUACAUGGAGGACUGUGGGAAGAGAUCUGUUGAUAACUCAAAGGAAUCCGAACAGGAAGAGAGUGGAAGGGCCGAUGUAAAUGAGGAAGAUUUCCAUUUAAAAAUCUUGAAGGAUAUUUGCUGUGAAUUACUUUCCAAUGUGCUUCAAGAACUGACUAAGGAAAAUACGUUAGAAGGACUACACCAGGGACAUCUAAAUGAACAGACAUGUUCCUGUGCAUUUCAGAACCUCUUACCUCUGUAUUUCACAUCGGUGGAGAGUUUCCUUGAAGUUCUGCGUGAGGCUGAUCAGACACUGGCUGACAAUCUAGAGAAACGUUUCCCAAACCUGAAGGUUCAUGCCUAAGAAUGCACAUGAAGUAUUUUCCUUCUUUGCAAUGAAGGUUUUUGACUGUUUCAUUAGUGUUUCAGAAAUCCAGUUUUCAGUAAAUGCAGGAUAAUGAGGCAACCUCCUUACCAACAAGUGGCUUUUAAGAACUAUUCCAGGUAACCCUGAUUAAACCUAGGCUUAAUCUGGUCUUCAUGGGUAAGGAAAUUACUGUAAACUCAGUUCUGCAUCUUUCAUCCUGUUUGCUC